AGCAUUUAGAGGAAGUGAUCAAAACCGGUAAUACAACACAAUAAGGCUUCGGAGUUGCUCGUUAUUUUUUGUAAAGCGCUUAAGCGUUUUGGUUUGUCGAUUUCUCAUGGCUGAGUAUAUUCACAAUUACUCGCUACGGAACAACAACAAAUAUUUAUAACUUGUAUCUGGGCAGUUGCUGGAAACUUGUUUGGAGCUGUUUGAGCAGCUGUGUGUGUGUGCAUUGGAUUCUGCCUCACGGUAAGGAGUUGUUCAGGCCUUGUUCCUGCUGACAGGAUGCUUCUCCAGGCUCUUCUGUGUGUUCUAGCAGCAUGUUAUGAACCAGCAGCCACUCUGAAUGCAUCAAGCGAUGAACAGAAAGGCGAUGGAAAAGAUGUAACCCCACUACUGCUUGUAUCGUUUGAUGGUUUCCGUGCAGACUAUCUGGAAAAAUACCCAUUACCUAAUCUGCAGAAAUUCUUCUCUGAUGGUGUUCUUAUUGAUCACCUUAGCAAUGUCUUUACUACUAAAACCUUUCCCAACCAUUACAGUUUUGCCACUGGAUUGUAUGCGGAAAGUCAUGGAAUUCUGGCAAGUCGCAUGUAUGACUCGGAGACAAAAAAGUUUUUUACUGUUCAUAAUUCUAACGAUCCUUUCUGGUGGAACGAAGCGACACCGAUUUGGGUGUCUGUGCAGAACUGGAAUUAUAAAUCUGCAGCUGCAAUGUGGCCAGGAACAGAUGUGAUGAUCCAAAACCGUACUGCGACAUAUUUUUUAAAAUACGACUCAAAGGUUAGAUUUAAUGAAAGACUGGAAAACAUAACAAAAUGGCUCACUGAAGACAAUUUGGUCAAGUUUGCUGCUCUGUACUGGGAAGAACCUGAUAAUACUGGACACAAAUAUGGACCAGAAAACACCACAAUGAUGGCCAAGGUACUGAAAGAAGUAGACGACCAUGUAGGUUUUCUGAUGGACCAUCUCAACCAGACAGGACUAUGGGGGAAAAUUAAUGUGAUUAUUACUAGUGAUCAUGGCAUGGUGCAGUGCUCCGAAGACCGACUUAUUAAGCUUGAUGACUGUGUCGAUCGGAAAAGCUAUAUUUUGGUGGACACCACUCCAGUUGCUGCCAUCAUACCACUCAAUGAUUCUGCAGAGCUGUACAAAAACCUUAGCAACUGCAAUGUGCACAUGAAAGCUUACAUGAAAGCUGCAAUACCUGACCGGCUGCACUACAGAAACAAUAAACGCAUUCAGCCUAUCAUCCUGAUUGCUGAUGAAGGUUGGACAAUUGUCCAGCAAGGCAACCUCCCAAGAUUGGGUGAUCAUGGCUAUGAUAAUUCUCUGCCCAGCAUGCACUCCUUCCUGGCAGCUCAGGGCCCUGCCUUUCGGAAAGGCUAUCGGAUGAACACCAUCAACAACGUGGAUCUCUACCCACUCAUGUGCAACCUCCUGGGCAUCCCUGAGGUGCCCAAUAACGGCAGCUUCACCAACGUGCGCUGCGUGCUGCUCAAGGAGAAGUGCUCAGACCUGGUAGCGGUGAUUGGCAUCGUCAUUGGCGCCCUCAUAGUGCUCACCACCAUCACCUUCCUCUUCAGACUGCUAAAGAACAGAGAGCGUUCCUCGUCACAGCCGUUUGCCCGCUUAGAGCUGGAGGACGACGACGACGAGCCUUUGCUUGAAUGAGUGUGGAAACU